AGAGCGCCGGCUCGUAAGGGCGUCGGCCCCUCCCGGAGAGGCGUGUCGGCGCCCUCUUGCCGAGGAGGCGGGAACACCGUGCGCCUCCGAGUGCCUUUCUAGACCAGUGAGCCGUCUCGGUGGUGCCGGGUCCUCCGGGCUGGGUCACGUGGCCGGCGAAAGCCGCGGCGGAGACUGGGGGAGGAGAAAUGGGCAGGAGGCCCGGGGAUAGCUUGAGAUCCCACGACGACGGGGUUGUCAUGGAGUUGCUGGGCCGGGCUUGCGCAUGCGCCACCUUAGCCCAGAGUUGUCCGGUCGUGGAGCGGCGACCCCGGUCCUAGCUUAACUUGGAGUCCUGCUGCAGAGUUCGGCUCAUGAGGACCUGAGAUGUUUGUAAGGCAGUCAUAGUGGUUUCCAGUCUGCGCCAGGAAGCACAGAUGGCACAGUAGGGAAGUCCAGAUGAAAAGAGUCCUGAUGCGUCCAGUUCCAGCCCAGUAAAACAUGGAGAGGAAGAGCUCAUCCAGAGAGGGCCCUAGAAGGCUCUCGGCCAAACUAAGCAAAGGCACAGAGAUGAAAAAAGUGUCUCGUCAACUCGGCAUGGCAGCUGCUGAGUCAGAUAAGGACUCUGGAUUUUCAGAUGGGAGCUCAGAAUGCCUGAGCUCGGCAGAGCAGAUGGAGUCCGAGGACGUGCUGGGCGCCUUAGGCUGGAGCCCAGAGGACCGGCCGAGGCCGAGCUCCAAGCCUGUGAGCGCUGCCUUCCCGACGCUGUCCCCCAUGGUUGUCAUGAAGAACGUGCUGGUCAAACAGGGUGGCAGCUCAUCGCAGCUCCAGUCGUGGACCGUCCAGCCCUCCUUUGAAGUGAUCUCAGCACAGCCGCAGCUCCUUUUCCUCCAUCCGCCCGUACCGUCUCCUGUCAGCCCCCGUCACGCGGGUGAGAAAAAGUCGGACUCCAGGAACUACCUGCCCAUUCUGAAUUCUUACACCAAAAUAGCCCCACACCCAGGCAAGAGGGGCCUUCCCCUUGGCCCGGAAGACAGAGGAGAGGGCGGAAUGCAGAAGAAGAUCUGCACGGAGAGACUCGGGCCGAGCCUGUCCUCUGGUGAGCCGACCAAGCCUGGCGCUGUGCCGUCCAGGCCCCCGACCCCCGUGCCCCCCAGUGCCAAGCUCGCCGAGGACUCAGCUCUACGGGGCGUGCCCUCGCUGGUGGCGGGCGGAAGUCCACAGACUCUUCAGCCGGUGUCCAGCAGCCACGUGGCUAAGGCCCCCAGCCUGACCUUCGCUUCCCCUGCCAGCCCUGUCUGCGCGUCAGACAGUUCUCUGCAUGGGGUGGAGAGCCACCCGCCGCUGUCCCCCCUGUCAGCCAGUUACAGCUCCCCUCUGUGGGCCGCGGAGCACCUCUGCCGCAGCCCAGAUAGCUUUGCAGAGCAGCGGCAGAGCAAACACAGGCGCUUUCAGAAUACACUCGUGGUCCUGCACAGGUCUGGUUUGCUGGAGAUCACUUUGAAAACCAAGGAGUUGAUUCGUCAGAACCAGGCAACUCAGGUGGAACUAGACCAGCUGAAGGAGCAGACCCGGCUGUUGGUAGAGGCCGCCAAGAGCAGGGCCCCUCAGGCUUGGGCCAAGCUGCAGGCAUCUUUAAUGUCAAGGUCAGGUCAUGCUGGCAGCAACCUAGACAUGUUCUCUGAUCAGCCAGACAUAUAACGUAGAAAACAUGUUUUCCUGUUACUUGAGUGGUUCUUUUUAACUCUUUUACUGUUACCCACUUCUAUUUCCAAAGCCUAUGUAAGAGCUUUCCCUCUAAACUUAAACUGUUCAGCAGUUCACUUAUGAAGCCACGUGCCAGUACCUGGCUGCUCUCACCCUGAGGUCUAUGCAGUUUACCUUUGUCUCUGUUCCACCGAGGACCUCAGAUUGGGGUGUCCUUGAGUCCCUCUUCUUUAGCCUGCAGGCACUUAGAUGGAUCACAGGGCAGAGCAGGAGAGAUGACUGUGUGGGGCCCGCCUAGCUGUCACCUCCCACCCUCCCACUCACUAACCCUGAUCAAGGAUGCAGUGACAUGGGUGAGCAUACAGAGAGACACCUGUCAAGCCAGGGAGUAAGUGACAUCAGGAGCCUUCUGUGGAUCGUCCCUUGAAGGCCUUAGUCGCAGGGGAAAAAUAAGAGGAGGGUUUUUGCAUCCCCCAGGCAUGGGACAGUUUGGGAGGAACCUAAAUGCUUUGGGCAUGGAUUGGCCCUUGGGUAUAAGCACUUAAAGCUUUGGCUUUUUUUAACUCGAAAGUCAAGGGGAAAGGGUAGUACCAUUUAACUUUUACACUUUAAUGACAAGCCAGAUUUCUCUUAAACUGAGGUUUGCAAAGUAUGGAAUGCAUUUAGGUCCAUCUGGAGCUACAGUUGAUGAAUCGCUUUUUUGACUUAGACUCUGAAGAAAGGAGGAAUGGCUAGCAUCUCUUGGCUGGGAGCUGGAAGAUUCUGGUAAUUUAUGCUUUUUUGUCUUUUUGUCUCUCUCUUCUUUUGAAACAAUGCAACCUGUUUUAUGUGUGAAAAUCUUAAAGACAGCCUCAUGGUUCCUGGUAGUAUAAUACAAGUCAGCCCUCUGCUACCACCUUCUGUACAAACAGAAGGGGAAAGAAAUGAUUAUUAAGCUUGAUAAACUUUGAGUUAAAAUUAUCAUAAGGUUAUGGCAUGUAAGUUCACCGGAAAAUUGGAAACCAUUCUUGUUAUGUUGUUUCCACAUCCAGAGUUUUCAUUUGUCUUAUCCCACAGGUAUGUGGAGCAGAGGCUUCCGUGUUUCCCUUAUGCUUUGGAUUUUGGCAGCAAAGCCACAUGCGUAGUGAGUCAGGUGAAGUCCAUCUAGAACGGGAGAGUAUUAUAGGAACUUCCGUAUUAUACACACUCUUUAGCCUCAUUGUAGACCAGAUUUCUAAGUAGUAAAGUUGCCAACUUUUUAUCCUCCCAUGUAAAAAUUUCAUCCUCUUGAAAAUCUUUGUUCAGAUUCAUGAGAAGUUCUGUAUGACCACCUUUAUCUUUUCUGCAAGGAAAAUGUUCUUAAAGUUCUACCAAGGCCAGAAGCUGAUCUUCAAAUUUACAAGCUAGUUGUAACUCUGACAUACUUUCAGAAUUACAAGGCUUCCGAUUUCUUGCAUUUUGUUUUCAAGUCUGUAUGGUUUAGAUAUGACCAAUUUAGAAAUAACUCGGUAAAAUCUCUAGACUCUCCUGAUCAGUGCAGAAUUAUUACCUGCCAUUUGCUUUCUGUAAGAAUUUCAAAAAUCAGAGCAAAUGUGUCUGUGAGCAGACUUGGCUCCUUUUAAUGUUUUUCUCCUGGCCCACUCCCUGUGCCUGCCCUGAAUCUGUGUGGUGCUACAGCAGCUCUGCCCUGCACACCAUGCUAGGAAGCUUCCUUUUUGGCAGAAUAUGUUUGGCAGCAAAGCUAUAGAAACAGGUGCAUUUAGAACAGUCUGGGCACCAGUUAUGAGUCUUACCGAGUCAAAAAUCUGAGCACUUGCUGAGAACCAAACUGAUUCCACUGGAAAAACCCUCUGUGGAGCUGCACACCUCUUGGACUCUUCUUCCUAGAUGAAGGUUUGCAUUUCCCUCCUGUCACAGUAAAAGGCAUUGAAAGCCAUCGACCCUCGCUGCUGUGUGGCAGGGAGAAGCAGCACCACCCCCAGCACUUCUGGUCCUGUAACUCGGUGCUAGAAUUCUCUCAAGGCUGUUAGCAUGGGUGUUCUUUUCCUAGUGGAUGGAGCAAUAAACUGAUGAAGCCAAGUAGAGAAGCUAGGCCGUGGAAGGAAAGAUCCAUUGAGGCUAGCAGAAGCCUCACGUGGGGCCAGAAGCCAGAUCAGCAAUGGAGGCACCUCGGAGUUGACCAGAAGGAUCUCCGUUGUUUUCACGAGGCUGUAAGUAACGAUGGUGGUAGCGAUGCGUGAUCUGAUCUGGCGUGGAGCUCUGUGGCAAAGCUGCUGCUUCUGAAAGUGAAAAGCCAUUCUCAGCUCAACCCAACGCUUAAGAGAAGUUUUGGCAAAUCGUGUCGGCAGUAUGGAAACAUGUAGAAAAAGCUGCUGAUUGAAUCGGUUAUGGGAACGGAGUUGAGUGGCGUUUGUAACUUAUUACACUCUCAUUGCUCUUUAUUGAGUAUGGCGUUGUCUGACCUUACUCUGAUUCCUUCUGCCGAAAAGUAACUCUCGUGCGUAUGUUGAAGUGUUUUUCCAGCUAUGAAUUCUUUAGGAUAGAGAUUUAUUUACCAAAUGUGAAGUCUUUUGAGGAAGUAUGAAGUUUUGUAGAAAUUAACUGUGAAAUGUCAGAGAAUAAUAAAAGUCACUUACUUGAA